UGUACUCUGGCGCCAACACAUUUCGCCCAAAACUCAAUAUCAGCGCAAAAGAUUGAUGCAUUUUUCGAAAAAGUUAUUGACAAAAAAUUUGGAAUUACAACCGAUUACUAUCAAAAUGUGACGUCUGGAAGUUUUACCACAUCUAUACCUACUGUAACUAAAAAACAAUCUUGGAAUGGAUUUCGUCAACCUAUCAUCGAUGACUCUAAUCUUUUUUUGAGAACAUCAAGAGAAUCAUUGGCCUCAUCGACACGAUCCUCAAAUUCAACAAGUCUUCGAGAUUCUUCAAUUUCGAAAUCAAAUUCAGUCACAAAUUUACGCGAAUCUAUCAAUGGAAAUGUGGUACCGAUUCGUAGAG